CGAGCGGUAUUCGCAUUUAGUAACGUGCUGCCCCUCGAACAAGAUCUCCCGCUUUUGCCCGGUCCGCUCGAAAGGGAAAAACGAACGCUCUCCAUCGAAUUGGCAUAGAUUUGGUGCCCUCCGAGCUGAAAAUGUCGGGCGAUGUGCAGCCGCGAAAGCGCAAGGAUAAGCGCCGGAAACGCGAUGAUCGCAGGUCCGAGGGCGAUGUGACUGUGCUGCGUCAGUCCAGCUUUCAAGAUGACGACGAAUCUUCGCACGGCGUUCACAUUACAAAGAUGGGAAACGAAGAUCUCCACCUGCACGUGCACCACGAGCACGGCACCGGCGGUCACUGGUGCGCCAAGAUCGUAUUCUUCGCUCUGAUGGCGGUUCUACUCGGCUUGGUGGGUCUGAUCAUCAUGGAGAACCGCGGCCUGGAGGAUCUGGACACUCCCCUUUCGGAGUCACGUUUCUCCAAAGUCUUUGAUGGCUGGGUGGACGAGCAUCGGGAUGAGCAUGAUGCCCAUGAUGUGCACGAGCCCUCUGGAGAGGCUUUGGAUGAUCACGAUGAGCACGACGACCAUGACGAUCAUGACGAGGAAGAGGAAGAACCCCUUUCAGAGGAAUUAGAAGAAGAUGAAGAACUGGAAGAGGAGGAGGAAGAGCCUACUGAGGAGGAGGAGCCAGAGGCAGAUGAAGAUGAGCAGGAGGAAGACGAAGAGGAUGAUGAGAACAAUGCGGGCGAGAACAUAACCGCCGAGGAUGCUGAGGAGGAAGAGGAGGAUGACGAGGAGGAGGGCACAGUGGAGGCUACGGUAGAGGCUACCACUGAAGCCACUACAGAAGCCACUGCGGAGUACGAAGCUGAAGACGAGGAGGAGGAUGAGGAUGAAGCUGCAGCUGAUGAGGCUGAUGCAGUAGAGUCUACAGAAGCCCCAAAGUCAGAAGCUGAUGAGCAGGAGGAAGAAGAUGAGGAUGAGGAAGAGCAGGAGGUGGAAGAGUCUGUAGAGCCACCAAGAUCGCAGUCUGCCGCACAAAGUGCUCCCGCUCAAGAUGAUAGCGAGGAAGAUGAUGAUGAGGAGCAAGAUAAUAAGCAGGACCAGGACGAGCCCGAGGAAUCCCAGCCAGCGAAGGCAGUAGACAGCCGAGAGCAGGAUCAGGACCAGGACGACGGGGAGGAGCCCAAGGAGGAGGGCUCCUCCUGGUUGGCAUCCCUGGCCGUUAAACUUGGCGUUGGCGUUGCACUUGCCUUAGUUUCACGCCUUGUAUUGAUAAGGAAAAGUCCAAAUACAACCGAGGAUGAGCCCGCUCCGGAGGCCAUCAUGCGGCGCAGACUGACGAUUGCCACGGCCGAGGAUCACAUACCCGACGAUGUGGAGGAGCUGCCCCUGCUGGACGACGAUGAAUACUCCGAGGAGGAAAUCGAGAUCGAGGAGGAGAUCGAGGUGGAGAUCAGCGAUAUUGAGGAGGAGGACGAAGAUCGCCGCAAUAGCGACGACAAUGUGGCCUCCAUGGCCGACUAUGUGCCCGAAACUUUUGAGCAGCUGAGCGCCAUGUACAAGAUGGUGCAGGAUUGUGCCAAGGACAGCAAACCCGAUGAGAAGGAAAAGGAGUUGGAACAGCCGGCUGGAUCCAGCGACAUCUAUGUGGAGUACGAGGACGGGGCCAUUGAGGAUUACGAGCACGAGGGGGACAGCGAGGAUGAGGAGAUCACCGACGAGGAGGAGGACGAGAUCUCCGACGUGGACGACGCCGACCUGAUGAGCCGGCUGGAGGCCAAGUACGGCCGCCUGCCCGUCAAGGAGUUCGAAAGCGACCCCGACUCCGACGACCCCAGCUGGACACAGAUAAAGCCGAAAGAAGCUGCACCUGCUGCUCCCGCGGAGAAGGAGGAUGCCUUCGAGCAGGAGCUGCGCAAGGCCAACGAGGAGAUGAUUAGGGAGAACUAUGCCCAAGCCCUGCGAUCCUUUAACACGCUCACCACCGACCACGCCCACGAGCCAUCGGCCCACUUGGGGAGAGCCCGACUGCUGGAACUGCUGGCCAAGAAGGAACGGAGCAACCAGCGCCUCUGGGAAGCCAUCGAUGCCUACAAGAGGUACCUGGCCUUUGGCGAACUGGUCAAAAGCGAUCAGGAGUUUACCACCGCCGGCGAGAGCUGCAUUGAGAACCUGAGAUUUUUGGGUCACCACCGGCAGGCCGCCACCAUCCACGAGCUGCUCAUCGAGCGCCUGCCCGGGGAUCCCCGCCUGCGCAACCAACUCUCACUCACCCAUCUCAUGGUCAAUAAUCUCCAGCAGGUGGAAAAGGUGGCCAAGGACACGCUGAAGCUCUGGCCCAGCAAUGCUGUGGCCCAACUGCACUACGGCCUGGCCCUUAGGCAGCUCCAUGGUGACUAUGCGAAGGCUCUGCCGUAUCUGAGAUAUGCCGUGGAGUCCCAGGAAGAGGGCACCCAGGAGGAUUUCUUCUACUUGUCGCUGGGCGAGACCCUGCAGCGCCUGUCCAAGAAGUCCGAGGCUCUGAAUGUGUACAGGAAGGGGGUGGCCAAGGGCUUCUUUGACAGCCUCUAUCAGAGAUCGCUGUACAACGAGCCCGGGCUCAAGGCCCAGCCUUUUUGGCAGCCCAAGGAGACGGGCUACGAAAGGCAGCUGGACAGAUUGCGGCUCCACUGGCGGGCCAUACGUGAGGAGGGACUGGCCCUGCUGGGCGAGAGUGGCUUCUUCCAGGACGAGGCGGAACUGCUGCGCGACCAGGGCGUGUGGCAGCAGUACGAGCUCUUUGCCCAGGGUCGCCGGGUGAAGGACAACUGCCGCAGGACCCCAAUAACCUGCGGCCUGCUGCAGGAGUUUCCCGAGUCCGCGGGCUGUCGUCGCGGCCAGGUGAAGUUCAGUGUGAUGCAGGCCGGCACGCACGUGUGGCCACACUGCGGACCCACCAACUGCCGGCUGAGGGCGCACCUCACCCUGGUGGCUCCAGAGUCGGAGAAAACCUCGCUCCGCGUGGCUGAGCAGGAGAGAACCUGGCGUGAGGGCGAACUCUUCGUAUUCGACGAUAGCUUCGAGCACGAGGUGUGGCACAACGGCAGCCAGCCCCGCCUGGUGCUCAUCCUGGACCUGUGGCAUCCGCAGCUGACCCCCGCCCAACGGCGCAGCUUGUCACCCAUUUAACAGCGGGCGUUACUUAGUGGGCUAAGUAGUUCCGGUUGCUAGGCCUGUAAUUUAGUUCAAUUUCCCAAAUCGCAUCGUUCAUUGUUAGUUAAAUCUCCAUGUUUUGUAUAGGCAUUCUAAUUAUACCUCUUAAUCGUUAAGCUCGGCUUGAAUGCGUGUUUAGGCUAUAUAGACGUCAAUUGAUCUGUGCAUAUACGAUACCAUAUACUACUAGCGUUGGCUGGCAGCUUACCCUCGCUUUUGUACGUUACAGAAAUAGAGAACCUUUUAGGAUUCGACAA